UCCAGCAGGUUACUUUGGCCGACGUGUGAAGAAAAUGGUCAACACCUUUUUUUUACAGAACAGAUUUUUUUCUCCUUUGAAAGCGGUCAUCAUAUGACACUGGUCAUGUGAUUUACAUGGGCGGAACUUAUGAACUGUUUCAGGAAACGAUAUGACUCUCAGCAAAUUUCUUAGCUUCAUGAAUUUAUUUUAGCAGUAUUGUGUGCUUCGAUGUGGAGUCUAAUAUCCGUGCCUGGAUAUCCGUGCCUUCGCGUACCUCUUGGAACAGCCAUUUCUGCAUUUAAACCCAUACAUGAAUAGAAAUUUAAGGGGUCGAAAAUUUGAGGAAAUGACCAAUUGCUACAGAUUGUCUGUGUGUUGGUUUAUGCUGCUAAAUCUGUGUGUUAUCGGCGAAUCCAAGCAGAGAAACGUGUUACUUAUCAUCGCGGAUGACGCCGGCUUUGAGACCGAUGUGUACAACAACACGGCCAUCCGCACGCCACACCUCAGCGCGCUGGCCCGGAGGAGCGUGGUCUUCCAGAACGCCUUCACCACCGUCAGCAGCUGUUCGCCGAGCCGCUCGGCCAUCCUGACGGGUCUUCCCCAGCACCAGAAUGGUAUGUAUGGUCUCCACCAGGGCUCUCACCACUUCAGCUCAUUUGGGGUACAGAGUCUGCCCCUCCUGCUGGGCCAGGCCGGAAUCCGGACCGGCAUCAUCGGUAAGAAGCACGUGGGCCCGGGGCAGGUGUACCCCUUUGACUUCGCCUACACCGAGGAGAACAACUCGGUCCUGCAGGUGGGCCGCAACAUCACCCGCAUCAAAGUGCUGGUCAGGAAGUUCCUGCAGGGGCAGGAAGCGGACCGCCCCUUCUUCCUGUACGUGGCCUUCCACGACCCCCACCGCUGCGGGCACUCCCAGCCCCAGUAUGGGCCCUUCUGUGAGAAGUUCGGCAACGGGGAGAGUGGCAUGGGACGCAUCCCCGACUGGACCCCCCAAUACUACACCCCUGAGCAGGUGAAGGUGCCGUACUUCAUCCCUGACACACCUGCAGCCCGAGCUGACCUGGCUGCUCAGUACACCACCAUCAGCCGCCUGGACCAGGGCAUUGGGCUGGUGCUGAAGGAGCUCCGGGAAGCGGGUUUUGAGAACGACACGCUGGUGAUCUACAGCUCUGAUAACGGCAUCCCGUUCCCCAACGGCAGAACCAACCUGUACUGGUGCUCAGCCGAGCCCCUGCUGGUGUCCUCCCCAGAACACCAGCGCCGCUGGGGCGAGCAGACCCAGGCAUACGCCAGCCUGCUGGAUAUCACCCCCACGGUGCUGGACUGGUUCUCCGUCCCGUACCCCUCCUACAGCAUCAUGGGGGGCCCGACGGUGAGUCUGACGGGGAGGUCCCUGCUGCCCGCCCUGGCCGCCGAGCAGCCCUGGGACACGGUGUUCGGGAGCCAGAGUCUGCACGAGGUCACCAUGUACUACCCCAUGCGCAGUGUGCACCAAGGCCCCUUCCGCCUGGUGCACAACCUCAACUACCUCAUGCCCUUCCCCAUCGACCAGGACUUCUACGUCUCGCCCACCUUCCAGGACCUGCUGAACCGCACGCGGGCCGGCCGGCCCACGGCCUGGUUCAAAACGCUGCGCGGGUACUACUACCGCGACCGCUGGGAGCUGUUCGACCGCCGGGCCGACCCCGCGGAGACCCGGAACCUGGCCCCCGACCCGGCCCACGGGCCCCUGCUGCACCGCCUCCGGGCCCUCCUGCUGAAGUGGCAGUGGGCGACCUCCGACCCCUGGGUGUGCGGGCCGGACGCGGUGCUGGAGGCCAAGCUCACGCCCCAGUGCAGGCCGCUGUUCAACGGGCUCUGA